AGUCUCCACUGACACAGUUUCCGGAUAUAUUUAAGUGAACAUGACUUUAAAAAUAUCUAUACACACUAUGCUAUUUAUGUUAUAUUUUUGUAAAAGCAGUGCUGAUGUAAAUUCUAUGUAUUAUCCAAGAUAUCAUUUAGCCCCUCCGUAUGGAUGGAUGAACGAUCCUAAUGGAUUCUCAUACUUCAACAAUGAGUACCACCUUUUUUACCAACACAAUCCCAACAGUAGUAUGGAGCCCGGUAUAACCCACUGGGGGCACGCAAAGAGUACAGAUUUAUUCCAUUGGGAACAUCUUCCUAUAGCAAUGUAUCCAGAUCAGUGGUUUGAUAUGACAGGAGUGUUUUCUGGUAGUGCAAUUGUUGAAAAUGACACAAUGUAUUUUUUUUAUACAGGAAAUUUAAACCAUGCUAAUGAAGAACAUGAUCAUGAACAGUAUCAAGCUUUAGCAUCGAGUGCAGAUGGUGUUAAUGUUAUAAAAUACAAGAAUAAUCCAGUUAUAAAUGGUAGUGAACAUCAACCAAAUAUUCGAGAUCCUAAAGUGUGGAAGCAUGAAGAUACUUACUACAUGGUCAUAGGAAACUCUUUUAAUAAUAAUACAUUAGGCCGUGUUUUACUAUAUUCGUCCAAAGAUAUGAUAUCAUGGGAGCAAGUCUCAGUUCUGGCUGAAUCGGAUGGAAUGCUUGGUUAUAUGUGGGAAUGCCCUGACUUUUUCGAAAUCAAUGGGCUUUUUGUUUUGUUAUUCUCUCCUCAAGGCAUAGAACCUGAAAGUGAUAAAUACAAUAAUCUAUUCCAAACAGGAUAUAUUGUUGGAACAUUUGAUUAUGUGACACACCGUUUUAACCCUAUAUCUAAAUUCAAAGAACUAGAUCACGGUCAUGAUUUUUAUGCAACACAAACGUUUUUAGACUCGCAAGACCGAAGAAUAUUAAUAGCUUGGUUUAGUAUGUGGGAACAAAAUUAUCCUGAAAGAAUUUAUGGAUGGGCUGGUCAAAUGACUAUUCCCAGGGAGUUGACUUUGUCUCCAGAAAAUGAUUUAAUUCAGAAGCCUGUAGAAGAAAUUGCAGUUGUAAGGGAUAAUGUAAUUUAUACCGGUAAGAAUAUAUACAGGAGUGAAGCUAUAGCCUUAAAUGAUAAUACAGGUGAAAUUACUUUAAAAGCAAGGCCGUCGUCUAAUAUAGAACUAUUUAUUGAAUCAGAAGAUGAUUUAGCGAAGCUAACGAUCAGUUAUGAUUACAAUGAAGAUCUAGUUAUACUUGAUCGCGGUGGAGAUGAUGGCGUUAGACGUACUCAAUGGAAACCUAUAGAUAUACUAAUUUGGAAUAUUUUUAUUGAUGCAAGCUCUAUUGAACUGUUCUGCGGAUAUGGUGAAGUUACGUUCUCGAGUAGAUUCUUUCCUAGUGGAAACAUAACAGUGCGUCUUAGUAAUGAGAGUUUUGUUGAUGAAAUUAUUGUAGCAACAAUGAAACGUACUGUUCCUGUGCCUGAAGAUUAACAAAUAUUUACUAUGUUAAUUAAUUAAUUUUUAUUUAUAUUUUUAAUUACAUAAUAAUUUUGUGUAUUUUUAAUUCUAUUUUGUAACAAAAAAAAGGAAAAUUGAGUAAACAUUUUGAAAUUAAGUUUUGUAUAAAAGUGUUAUUAUAAUAAAGUGGCUUUACAUAGUAAAUUUUUUCAUAGAUGUAAAUUGUUUUGAAUGACAAGCGUU